ACUAAUUUUUUGUUUUUAAGAAUGUGGGCGCCCAGUAAUGAAGAAACAUAUUUUGAUAACAUGGACAACAAAAAGAAUGUGGUGCAUAUAAUGCCCACCGUGGAAAUGCUGGUUACUUUCACUGCCGACAGGGACUUAAUGCGCGCCAAAAAAGCUUGUUUACUGUACGCCGAAAAAGUCGACUUCAAGGAGCUAAUCCAAUUGCGGUUGGCCGAGAAAUGCGACCAGCGGCGCAUGUAUAUCACCACUGUGGACAGCGCAUCCUUUCAGGAGUUGAAACAGGAUCAGUCGCUAAAUGUUACAUUCGCAGGCUUUAUGGAAAAUGUUGUGCGUAUGCUUAAAGACUGUCAGGCCGGCAAACUAGAGCUGUGCCUAUCCUCCAGGGAAGCUAUCGCCGAUCAACAAACUCACGACUAUCUUCUCCAGUUCGUGGAAAUACGUUCCUUCAAGAAUUUGGUUCAUUUGUGUUUGCCCUGCCGUUCUGCUCCACUGAACACUGUGCUCUUUUAUAUUAAUGCGGCGCUAGACGCAACGCACAAGAAGCUCUUUUUGGUGGAGCAGAGCACGCAGCAGCUUCAAAUGGAAUUAAAUGCUCAGAAUGCGCACAUAGAUCAGUUAAAUUCCGAUAAUGCCAAAUUGCGUGAGACACUGGCCGAGAAUACACGCCAGCUUACUGAAAAGCAUUCCGCGGAACUGAAAGAAAUGCAACUCUCACUGGAAAAGCUGAACGAACAGCGGAGCAAUGAGUUGGAACGCAACCGACGCUCAAUUGCUGGACUGCAGGCUCAAUUGGAACGAAUCACGUUAGAGAAGGCAGAACUAAAGGCCAUGCACGAGCAAGGCGAGAAGCGAAAUCAGAGCUUAAACGAAGAGCUCUCCUGCUGCAAAUCGCGGAUUAGCACGUUGAAGGAACAGCAGGAAAAACUCCAUACCGAAUUAACAGCAGCGAAGAAACAAGAGCGAAAGUUGGAGUACAAAAUUGAAGACUUAAAGCAGCAUACACUCGAGCUACAGGAGAAUAUACAAAAGGGAAAAAAAGAGAAAGCCAACAUUGCUGCAGAGCUGGAGGCGGAGAAGAAGAUUCUGCAUACAAAACGUCAAGCACUGGAAAUGGCUUCUGAUGAAAUAGCCAAAGCGAAUCAAAUCAUCCUCAAGCAAUCGCAAGAGCUGCUCACCCAGAAGAAGACAAUCACAUGGCGCACCGAGGUGGCGCUGCAGCAGGAGAAGGCAAUAAAGGAGAAGGAAAAACUGUUGAGCAUGCAGGAAGAGGAGUUGCAGCAGGCGCGCUUAACCAUACAGCAGCUGCGCGAAGAAAUUCCACAACAGCUGGAAUCCAUGCGACAUUUUGCGAAGGGCCUUGAGGAUAAGUACACGACCCAAAUACUCACGCUUAAGGCACGUUUAGCCGGUGGUAAAGAAAACUCCAGUCGCAGAGCUAAUCGGAAAUAGGCACUAAUAUUUAGUUAGU